GGCAACGAAAUUCACACCGACUCCAAGAAGUGCGCGCGUGAAUUUUGCCGACAGUUUAUUGUACACCCUGCGAGGAGCAUAACCCAACGCAGCAUACUCCGCAAAGCUCACAACAUCCGAGCAACUGACACACCACCAACAUUCACGCCCAACGAAGUACAAGGCGCGAUUCACAAGGCCAAGGCAUCGAAAUAAGUCGCCCAGAUGGCAUUUCCAUGCUGAUGCUAAAGCAAUUGGAUGCCCCGGGAGUCGAAAACCUCACAAAACUUUAAAACGCCUCUCUAGCCACACACACCAUCCCAGAGAUAUGGAAAAACGGGAGAGUAGUCCCCCUGCAAAAACCUGGGAAGAACGCAGAGUUAGGUAAAUCCUACAGGCCGAUCACACUCUUCUCUCCGGGGACCAAAACCCCAGAAGCGCAACUCCUCCCGCAACCGACUCAACGCCUGCAUCUUUCCUCACAUUAGCACGGACUCAGGAAGCUACACAGCACCACGACUGCACUAAACACCGUCACAGCGCAAAUAACUGACGGUUUAAACCAAAAGCGCUAUUGCGCCCGCCCCAUCUUAGUGGUACUUGACCUAUCAAAGGCCUUCGAAACCGUCAAUCAUACAACACUUAUAGAGGACAUUAUCUCGUCCUCCCUACCGCCGCACACAAAACGUUGGAUUGUCAGUUACCUCUGCGGGAGGCAGUCAUCUGUUGUAUUCAGAAACAAAACAUCAAAGCCGCUUAGGAUUAAGCAAGGUGUACCACAAGGUGGGGUACUAUCACCGAUCCUGUUUAACCUAUAUCUAGCGAAACGCCCUCCUCCACCUCAGGGAGUCUCCUUAGUCUCAUACGCGGAUGACUGUUCCAUCAUGGCAAAAGGCAACAAUAUCGACAGCAUGUGCACACAGCUCAACCGCUACCUCGAGGAGGUCUCCGAAUUUUUCACAGCGUGCAGCUUACAAAUCUCGGCCGCUAAGUCAACAGCUACACUCUUCACAACGUGGACAAAAGAGGAGAGCCUCGAACUGAACGUGUUUAUUGGCGGAGUCAAGAUUCCGACGGUCAACCAUCCAAAGAUACUACGCGUCACGUUCGACAGCCUCAUGUCCUCAGC